UGCUAUGUUUUUGCGCUCUUCGAUAUAAUUUUUCUAAUUUACGAUUGAACGCGUUGAACUAUAAAAGUAACUGCUUGUCAGCUUAGAAAUCACAGUUGACUUCUCUACCAACCGAGCGACUAACAAGCAAAUCGUGAGCGUGCGUUCAAUAAACGUGUGAAAGAGUUCGCAAAUAAAUCACUUUAAUCCUCCGCAACACCUUCAUAUCCAGACAUGAAAUAUCUGAUCGUACUUAGCUUGAUCGCAGCCGCCACCGCUGCCCCUGGAUUAUUGGGUUUGGGUCAUGGAUCUUAUGCAGCGCCAGCGCUGAGUUUAGGUCAUGCACCAGCUUAUAGUUACGCCGCUCCAGCUCUUAGUUAUGCUCAACCCGCCCCAGCUAUCAGUUACGCCGCUCCAGCUGUUAGUUACGCAGCGCCAGCCAUCAGCCUUGCUCCAGCGCCCGUUGUCAAGGCUUACUCCGCACCUGCUGUAGUAGCCGCACCGACCAUAGUGAAAGCAGCUCCAGCCGCCACCAGCUACUCCACCUUCAGUCAGGUCAUUCAACAUGCUGCGCCAGCCGUCGUUAAGGUCGCCGCCCCCGCACCAGUUGCCGUAGCGGCUCCUGCCAUUUCUUACGCUGCACCUGCUCCGGCCAUCUCGUACGCCGCAGCCGCGCCAGCCAUUUCGUACGCCGCACCCGCCCCAGCCAUCUCGUACGCCGCACCCGCCAUUAAAUACGCCGCACCCGCGAUCUCCUACGCUGCAGCCGCCCCAGCUAUCUCGUAUGCCGCAGCCGCGCCAGCCAUUUCGUACGCCGCACCUGCCAUAAAAUACGCCGCCCCCGCGAUCUCCUACGCUGCAGCUGCCCCAUCCAUUGUGAAGUAUGCUGCGCCAGCCAUCAGCUACGGUGGCGGUCUCAGUUAUGGCCAUGGCUAUCAUUAAAUGAGUUACAACCCACGUACAGCAAAAAUGAAAAGUAUAUAAGAUUUAAGCAAGGACACGCACCACAAUCACGUGGUGUAGUGGAAAAGAAAGAUAAAUGCAACAAGGAUAUAUGGAAUUACGGAUUACAUGCUUUACAUUAUAGCGUCAGACGGCCUUUAUGCGGUCAGCGCUUUUAAGUAUUUGCUCUUUGUUUUUUUUUUUUUUUUUGGUAGUCACUAAAUGGUUUAAUAAGAUUUUCUCUGAUCUAAAGAUCUAAAUAAUAUAUUUCCCUUCUCUCAAUAUGGGAACUCGCCUUACUUUACAAUGCAUUUGGUAGCUAUUGUUGUGAUGAAUUACAAAUGUGUCGACAAUAAGAACCAAUAACAACAAAAGUGAUUCAUCAAUACAACAAUACUUAGUAACAACAACAGCAAGAACAACAAACAACAAUAACGACAGCAAGCAGCCGCGCGAUAUACAUAUGUAGAUAAGAGGAGAGUGGAGUGUAAGAGCGUAUGAUGAGCGGAAAAAAAAUCACCGUUCAACGCCCUCAACAAUAAUUGUACUCUUCAUCAUUUUCAUUAAUCUCUAUUUCAAAUGUAUUAAACUAAAUAAAUAAUUGUUUGAAUAAAAUAUUCAUUAUGGCAAGCCGAAAUUAAGUUCACGAUGGCAUAGCUUACAAAAUAUACAUGUGUAUGUACAACAGCAACAACAAAUUACGUCAUCGGGUGCUCAAGAUGGCGUAACUGAGGAAUGUGGUGCAAAAUAAUACGGAAUUUAUCUAUCAAACGAUUAAUGAGGAUAUUAUACAUACAUAUACAUAUAUACAUGCAUAAAUAUAUUGUAUUUAUUUCAAUGCUUUGUAUAUAUUAUUAAAAAAAAAGAAAAUAAAAAAAUGCUAAGUGAACUUUUUUCUUU